AUGGCGUGUGAAACAAAGCUCUCAGAAGUAUUACUUCGGCCACAUGCCCGAAUCGAUCUAACAAGGCAUGCCGUGUCAUCUUAUUCGCGAAUGGCGAGUGCUCGACGCAUGUACGGCCUCUAUUCUCUCAAACCCAGCGGCAUUCAGAUUAUCACUUCUCGCCCUACACAUGAUAGAUUGAACCAGCGCCAUAGAUUUUCCAAACUUGAUCCAUCCACCUGUCAGUUUAUUAAAAAGCUGACUGAUCCUCAUCGGGACCGAAUCCUUUCUACCCGGGUGGACGCCACUAUAACCGCGCGGGAGACACUACCAGACACAUUCAAUGAUCUGCGAUUCGGAUCGGAGGGCGAGGUCAUCGUCGACAUGAUCACUCAGGACGAUUACUCCGUGGCCAGGGCCGUAGAGGCAAUUACUGCCCUGACCUCUGCGGCAGCAUCUCCGACAGCCGUUUCUUCUCCUGAUGACCAAACUGACGACCCUUUGUAUAACCACGCUGACAAUGUCGCGGAUACCAUUCAUGGCUUGUCAAGGCGCCUCAGAUACGACCGACAAUCUAAGCUCAUCGACUUUUGCGUCCAGCUCCAGCAACAAACUGUGACCGACCCUACAGGGGCCGGUGUGGUAAAGGAUUCAUAUCGUAUGAGCUUCUGGACAGAUAUGCCUGAGAUAGGCAUGAAAAUGGCAGACUAUUUUACGAUAGGUUCGGAUGUUGGAGAUGUUGACGGCGAUGGCCACCAGUUGGAAAACUUCACAGCCUGGCUCGCCCGGCUCUCGGAAAUGGGGUUUCUCGCUUACAACAAGGGCAUUACCUGGAGCCACCCCGCCCUAACAUGCAUAUUCCAGAAGAAGUACCAGGCCACAGCGGAAGACGUGCGAGUUAUGUGCAUGUGGUUCAUCUAUGCGCCUAAGAAGGUCUGGACAGAUACUCAGAAGCGCCGCGCGCACAAGGCUGGCUGGCCUCGAAAGACGGAAGGAUUUGAGCCCGAGCAUUGGCCGAAAUGGAAGCAGUUCUUGCAAGACUGCCAAGUCUCAUCAUUAGAGGAGCUGGCGGAUGAGUAUACGCAAGAGCUCACGAGACUUGCUCUAAAAAGCAUAGACAAGUUCGAGGGCCAAACUUCCAAAUCCAAAUGA